AAGAAACUAGAAGGUUGGAAAAUUUAUAUAUAGUUAAGAAAAACGAUACAUUUUUUCUUUAAAAAAAAUGAAUAACGAAAAGAAAAAUAACUCUAAUCAUAAAAAUUCUAAAAGAAGAAACGAAAAAACUAAAUUUAAAACGGAUAUGGAACCAAAUAGUUCUCAUAACGACAGCUCAUCCAGCACAGAAAAUGUUCAGAAAGAUUUAGUGGAAGCUUUUGAAAAAUGUGUUGAAUUAAGCCAAAACGAAUGCACCGGAUCGGCAAUUGGUGAAUUGGAUAAUUCUAUAGAUGCACAAAAAUAUGAAUGUUUAGAGUGUAAAAGUAGGGAACCAACGUUGUUUCAUAAUAUUAACGAAAACCUAAAUGAUAUCCAAUGUUCUGAAGUUGUUAAUUGUGCAUCUCUUAAUUCACGAGACAAUAAUGGUGACGAUGUAAAUAAAAGCAAUAAUGAAAUUUUAGAGUCUAACAAUAAUAAUCGACAGGAACAAAAUAUUGGUUUUUCAAGUCAAAAUUGUCAGCCAAGUGAAGCACCUCCAAUAAACAUUGCACAACUUACAUAUACAAAUGGUUUAGAUAUAAAUAAUAUUAAAAUAGAAUACAAGGAAUAUGAGUCAGAAGUUCAAAUGCAAGAUAUUAUGAAACUAAUUCAGGCUGAAUUAUCUGAACCUUAUUCUAUUUAUACGUACAGAUAUUUCAUUUACAAUUGGCCAAAAUUAUGUUUUCUUGCAACACACGGUAAUAAAUAUGUUGGAGCAAUAGUAUGUAAACUUGAUAUGCACAUGAACGGUGUAAAACGAGGAUAUAUUGCUAUGUUGGCAGUAAAGAAGGAAUAUAGAAAACUGAAAAUAGGAACAAAUUUAGUACAAAAAGCGAUAGACGCCAUGUUGGCAGAUAAUGCAGACGAGGUCGUACUUGAAACAGAAAUGAAGAAUGUGUCAGCACUUCGGUUAUAUGAGAACUUAGGAUUUGUACGUGAUAAGCGUUUGUUCCGUUAUUACCUGAAUGGCGUGGAUGCAUUGCGACUUAAAUUAUGGUUUAAUUAAAAAGUUAUGUACUGCGUAUUCUUAAUAUUUCAAUUUUUAAAAUUAAUCUCAAGGACUUUUUACUAUAAAUUAUUUAAUACAUUUUUGACUUUGAAAUUAAUAUACAUAGAACUGAAAAAUUUUGAAAAGAAUUUUGCCAUCAAAAUGUUUUUUUUUUGUGAACUUUAAGUGACAUACGUGUAUGAAGGAUGCUUUUUAAAAAAGCUGAAAACCAAAUAGCAAAUUUCGCAUUUUUUUGUAGAGCUCCUUUAGAACAUUAAGACGAAAUAGUGCUACAAAAACAAGAAGAAAACUAACAGAAACUACUGAAAAAAAUGGAAUUAGAGAAAUUAUUUUAAAUGACCCAAGAACAAG